AUGGACAACAACCUUCUUACGGCAAUGGUGGAAAGAUGGAGAAAAGAAACGCACACAUUCCACCUUCUAGAGGGAGAGAUGACGAUUACGUUGAAGAACGUAGCCAUGUUGACAGAGCUUCCAAUCGAUGGUGAUGCAAUAAUAGAAAGUUCACACAAACCAUUGAAUGGUUGGGGCCAAUUUAUAAGCGAGCGUUUAGGUAUCAACAUCCCAGAGGAAGCACAAGAAGGUCGUCGUGUACCACCUCUACACAAGUCUAUGCUAUUGAUACCUUGGCUAGUGAGGACCGUUGGGGAAUUACCGGAGGAUGCCACAGAUGCUCAGAUAGAGAGGUAUGCUCGCAUCUACCUUAUUUGUUUGGUUGGAGGAUUUUUGUUUCCGAACAAGUCUGGUGGAAAUAUGCAUUGUAUGUGGCUUCGAGUUCUUUUGGAAGAUUGGGACGAGAUUGGGAGAAAAAGUUGGGGAUCUGCUUGUUUGGCGAUGAUAUAUUCAGAGUUGUGCAAGUGUACGGAUCCGAAAACAAAGCAAGCGGGUGGUCUCAUGUUCAUCCUCCAACUAUGGGGUUUGGGAGCACCUUCCUACUUUCGCUCCAAUCUGCCCUGCCAACAGUUGGGGUCCCGAUGA